AUGGAAAAGUACCGGCUCGUCAAGGGAGAUAUCACCAAUGACUCUUCUUCCGAGACGGUUGCCCAAUCUGAAAUACGCAUAACACAACAAGGCAAACCUAGGAAUUACAUUUCACGAGCCAUGGAUCUGUUGGCCGGUGGUGCGGAUACCGUCGUCUUGAAAGCCAUGGGACGAGCCAUCAACAAGGCCGUGACCAUUGCGGAAAUUCUCAAGCGCAAAAUGCCACUUCACCAGCUCAACUCGCUCAGUUCGGUGGAGAUGGUGGAUGUCUUUGAGCCCUUGGAGGAAGGAUUGGAUACCGUCACCUCGAGGCGAUAUGUAAGCUGCAUGAAGAUUCAAUUGUCGCGGAAUCUGGGGGACAUGCAGACAACAGACAUUGGGUAUCAGCCACCGCUUCCGUUGGAGGAGAUGCAUCCAGGAGACUUUCAUCCUCUUCGAGAGGCAGCACUGAUUGCUUCUUCCUAA